CACUCGUUCGGAGUCGUCGGCCUGGGGCCGCGAGAUGGACGCGCGCGUCCGUGCGGCCGCGUAACUGGAGCCGCGGGGGUCAGCCUGUGGAUGGUGACCUCCCCCUCGGAGAUCCGGCGCAGACAUGGCAGAGAACUGGCUGCGCCUCCCUGGUGCGGGGCCAGCGGAGGAGGCCCUGCCCGAGGGUGGCCUGGAGGAGCCCGACGCCCUGGAUGACAGCCUGACCAGUCUGCAGUGGCUACAGGAGUUCUCCAUCCUCAGCGCCAAGGCCCCCACCCUGCCCCCGGGGGGCGCCGACCCCCACGGCUACCACCAGGUGCCAGGCUCGGCUGCACCAGGGUCCCCCCUGGCUGCCGACCCGGCCUGCCUGGGGCCACCACACACUCCGGGCAAGCCCACGUCCUCGUGCACGUCCAGGAGCGCCCCCCCGGGGUUGCAGGCCCCGCCCCCGGACGACGUGGACUAUGCCACCAACCCGCACGUGAAGCCACCCUACUCGUACGCCACGCUCAUCUGCAUGGCCAUGCAGGCCAGCAAGGCCACCAAGAUCACACUCUCGGCCAUCUACAAGUGGAUCACGGACAACUUCUGCUACUUCCGGCACGCAGACCCCACCUGGCAGAUGGUCUGGGCCAGAGGAAGCCCCAAAAAGGAACACAGUGAGGCCCAGCAGCUGCUUCAAGAGUUUGAGGAGGCCACUGGGGAGGUGGGCUGGGCGGGGGGCGACAGCAGGCCUGGGCACAAGCGCAAGCAACCACUGCCCAAGCGGGUGGCCAAGGUCCCCCGGGCGCCCAGCACCCCACUGCUGAGCCAGGAGGAGCAGGGCGAGCUGGAGCCUCUCAAAGGUAACUUUGACUGGGAGGCCAUCUUCGACGCAGGCCCGCUGGGCGGGGAGCUGGGCUCACUGGACGGCCUGGAGCUGAGCCCGCCGCUGAGCCCCGCCUCCCACGGCGACGUGGACCUCACCGUCCACGGCCACCACAUCGACUGCCCCACCACCUGGGGACCCCUAGUGGAGCAGGCUGCCGACAGCCUGGACUUUGAUGAGACCUUCCUGGCCGCCUCCUUCCUGCAGCACCCCUGGGACGAGGGCGGCAGUGGCUGCCUGCCCCCCGAGCCCCUCUUUGAGGCCGGGGAAGCCAGCCUGGCCACUGAGCUGCAGGACUGGACCAGCGUCGGUGCCUUCUUGUAAGAGGCCAGGCUCCGUCCACCUCCGGACAGUGCCCACCAGGGCCCAGAACUGCCCCCCCCAACACAGACCCUUGGACACCCCUCCAUGCAGGCAGGGGCUGUGCCAGGUCUCCUGAGGCAGGCCCCAAGAGGCCUCACCAUCAAAUUCAAGCCAGGAGGCUGAGAACAGGAGGCUCCCAGCCCCCCACAUACAGUGUUUCGUCCCUCCCCUCAGGGACUGGCCACAGGACCCUGUGCUGCCCGCUGCCCGAGCAAACGAAGGUGAUAGGGGGUGGAGGGGUGGCCAGCCGGGAAGAACAGCACUGGGCCACCUUCCCCAGAGAACCCCCUCCUCGAUGCC